UUGUGCGCUCAGCUCCACUUUCAUCUCUCUCGGGUCACUGGCAUCGGAGCGGAGAUAGACUCAGGAAAAUGAUCGUUGUUUUGAGUCGCUUGGAUGGUGUUUUUAUUGUGAGAAAUGGAAAAGUUGGCUGUUACGAUAUAAACACAUUUUAGGAUCAGCUCGGUGUCUCCAUCUAUACAGCCCCUCUGUCUGCCUUCAGUACCUUUGAAGUAGGUGCAAAUGCCAAACAAUUAAAGCAAAUCUGCUGCUCUUUACAAGAGGGUGAGAAACCAAGUUGCCAUGGGAAACCAGUUAACCGAGAUUGCCCCCAACACACCGUUCCUGCCUAACUUCCAGUCCCUGCACAUUGUGGUCAUUGGUCUGGACUCUGCUGGUAAAACCUCGCUUCUCUACAGACUGAAGCUUAAGGAAUUUGUCGAAACUAUCCCAACCAAGGGAUUUAACACUGAGAAGAUAAAAGUUCCGGUCGGCAAUGGCCGUGCCAUGACCUUCCAGGUGUGGGACGUAGGCGGUCAGGAAAAACUUCGGCCACUUUGGAAGUCCUACACGCGGCGCACGGACGGCAUGGUUUUUGUUGUGGACUCCACAGAGGUGGAACGCAUGGAGGAGGCUAAGGUGGAAUUGCACAAGAUCACACGGACGUCAGAGAAUCAAGGAGUGCCAGUACUGGUUUUGGCUAAUAAACAGGACGUUCCAGUUGCGCUGGGUGUAUCUGAUGUGGCAAAGGUUUUGGCUGUGCACGAACUGAGCUCCUCCACCCUACACCAUGUAGAGGGAUGCAGCGCAGUCGAUGGGCAGGGGCUACAGAUGGGUUUGGAAAAACUGUACGAAAUGAUCCUCAAAAGAAAGAAAAUGUUGAAGAACAGCAAAAAGAAAAGAUGAGCAAUGGAGGCCAUGGUUGUUUUACUGUGAAGCUCCUCAGUGGACCCUGUAUUGUCGUCAGAUUUUGCAGCGAAUCCCUGAAUGAAGAAAAUGCUCCAGAUGGCCCAGUGGUCGGGAGAAAACAGAUUUGACCUUUAUGUGUCACACAGUAUUAAACUGCUUUCUUCCAUGUCUAACAAUUGCAGCGACCCUUUGUAAUCAAGGAAUAUGUGAUAGCAUUGAGGCUGAAGUAUCAACAGAAUCAAGCCUACGUCUUUUACGUAGUUUCUUUAUCCAAGAAAGAGACUUUGCAAUUCAUUGAAUUUAUGUCAGAAAAGCGUCACAGAAUAACAGAUUUUCUCAUACGUUAAAUUGUUCGUCGGUGCCGAUAUAAUAAAGGGCCAAUAAACAUGUUCACACUAUAUUAGCUGUGAAACUGAAGUCUUAAGAACAUUACUAAGGUUCACUGUUCACAUUUGUAAGAUCUGAGUUUUAAUUUGAACAUUUUUGUUUUUAAAUGCUGUAAAUAGUUUUUGUAAUGCUGUAGAAUUGAUAAUAAAUUAUAGAUGGCUUUGAUACAAUUCGUCCUUUAG